AUGUCGUUCAAAUUGGAUUUGGAGAAUAUUCCAAUGUUGGACGAUACCGAAACUGCCCUUCGGAAAGUCUCCAUGAGAUUUGAAGAACCCUCCCUAGACAUUGAGAAUAUCCGAUCCACAAUUCAUCAGAGUGCCAGGGAAGGGCGAAUUGAUAUCCUUGAGCAUGAGCUCAACCAACGGCCCGAAGCAAUCAAUUUCCAGGACAUUGAUGGGAUGACUCCACUUCAUUAUGCCGCCAGAUACGGAAACCUGAAAGCAAUUGAGCUUUUGCUGUCACGCGGCGCAGAAGUUAGAACGAAGAACGUGGAUGGAGAUACAGCUUUACACAUUGCGUCAAAGUAUAAGCACGAGACCUGGACAGAUCUUGUUAGAAUCGUCGACGAGCACCCAAGUUUCGUUGAGGAUCGCAUGGAUUCGGAAAGAAAAUGCGGAAAAAUCACUGAAAAUAUUAUCAAGCUUCUCGUGAAUUAUGGAGCAAUUAUUGAUGAGCGCAACGACUAUAAGUUGACACCACUGCAUUACGCCGCAAUGAAAUCGAAUCUUGCCGCGAUUGCGACAUUAGUGGGUCUUAACGCGAACGUCAAUGCUGAGGAUUUGAAUGAAAUGACACCACUUCUUCUCGCUUGUGUUCAUGGAACUGAAGAAGUCAUUGAAAAGCUCAUUAAAGCGAGAAGUGAUGUCACGAAGCGUGAUCAACGCCAGAAUACUGUAUUCCACAUUGUCGCUUUGCGAGGAGAGCCCACAAUUUUGAAAAUGAUGAUGAAGCAUAGUGGCCGAAUUGCCAGUCAAUCUUUAAGACUCACAAAUAACGAAGGAAAAACUCCAUUGAGAUUGGCUGUUGAAGGAAAUCAUCCAGAGACGCUGAAAGAGAUUCUUGAUAUUGAGAAGAGUUUUCAAACGGAUUGGAAGAGACGAGAAAAAGAGCUUAUACACUUUGCCGCAUCCAAGGGAUACCUUCAGGUUAUCAAGCAGCUUGUCGAAGCCGGAUUGGAUCGAAACGAAAGAGAUCCGCAUCGGUGUAUUCCACUUCAUGUUGCAGCUCAAAUGAACAGGAAAGACGUCGUGGAAUACCUGUUGGAGGAAUCGAACAUCGAAGAGCCAGACGACUAUGGUAUGACACCGUUGAUGUUGGCGGUGUCCCAGGACAGUUUGGAUUGCGUCAAAGUCCUAAUUGAGCGAGGAGCUCAAAUUUGGAGAACCGAUAAUGAUGAGAGGACUGUGAUCUAUGUGGGCGCCAAGUACAAUGCACUAAACUCUGUUGACUAUAUUUUGUCCCAUUUGCGAGAAGAAGACGCCUUGAGCAAAUCGAUUGCUUCCAGGAAGAGUUUGAGAAAUAUUGAAUCAAAUCAGGAAAGUGGAAUGGUGAAUCAGACGGAUCGCGAUCAAAAUAGUCCCAUGCAUAUUGUCGCCUCGAAUGGAUAUCUCGAAAUGAUGCGGCUGCUCUAUGCGCACGGAGCUGUGAUUACAUUGGUGAACGAAGACGAGGAGACGGCGUUGCACCGAGCCGCGCAUUCGGGCCAGACUAGUGCAGUAAGGCAAUUGAUUGAAUGGGACAAACGUUUGAUUUUGAUGAAGGACGAGAUGGGCAACAGCGCGUUGCAUCUUGCAGCAAAAAUGGGUCAUGAUAUCACUACUCGAGUUCUUUUGGAAGCUGGAGCAGAUCGAGAAGCUCGCAACUCCUACCAAGAGACUCCGUUAAUAGUAGCUGUCGAAGCAGGAAGGCUCGAAACUACGCAGCAAUUGAUUUCGAAAGGAGCAUUAGUGGAAAAUCCUAGUGAUUCUAGGACUGUUCUUCAUGUAGCUGCUGAGCGUGGAUUUGAUAACAUUGCAAGGUUUCUAAUUCAAGUCGGUGUCACGUUGGAUCGAAGAGACGAUCGCGGAAGAACUGCUUUGGACGUCGCUUGUGAACACAACAAAAAGGAAGUCGCUCGAGCGCUGGUUGACACUGAUGAUUGGAAAUUGUUGAUGGUCCCAAACGACGUGAUUCCGGCGGGUAAUCGCGACAAACAGGGAAAUCGUGUCGAGACACGAAAACGCGAUACGCCAUUUCGUAGACUAUUGGCGAAAUUUCCCGAGCUGGCCGCAAUUGUCAUGGAUAAGUGUGUCGAAAGAAGUAAGCCGGAUGACGAUGAGACAUUGUGCAUUGCUUAUAAUUUUGAAUACAUUGACGAUACAUAUAUGAUGCUAAACGAGGAUAAAACUGAAUACGUUGGAAAUAUUUCGCCGUAUGAUGACGAAUUCAAACUCAAAAAAGAUGCCGAUGAGUAUGCGAAAAAUUAUGAUGAGGUGUUCAAGAAUCAUCCGCUCAAAAUGAUGGCUAACGCCGAAAAACUCUCGUUGCUCUCACAUCCGCUCUCUUUGGCACUUCUCAAACACAAGUGGAACAAACUCGGACGAUGGGUUUACUAUUUCGGACUCUCGUUCUAUUGCGUAUUCAUCAUAAGUCUUACGCAAUUCGUGCGACAUACAAGGGCCCCCUAUAAUGUGAAACUUCCCGACGAUGAUAAUUACUACAAUAGUGCCUACUUCGAUGAUAAUGAAUCUUGUCCGGCUAUUCAACUUGAAACACCCAACCCUUUUUGGAAAACUCUUAUUUUCCUUUUUGCUAGUACUCAAUUGCUGAAAGAAAUUUUCCAACUAUACCAAAGAAAAUUGUCAUAUUUAUACAAUUGGGAGAAUUGGGUGGAAUGUUUCAUUUACUCGACGGCUAUUUUGAUUGUGAUCGAUUUUACGGAAUGCUCGAAGACGUCUGGAGUCCGACAGAAUUGGCAAUGGCUUUUGGCCGCUUUGUGCAUUUGGAUCGGAUGGAUCAAUCUUCUAUUCAUGAUCAGAAAAAUGCCCAAAUUUGGUAUUUAUGUUGUCAUGUUUGUCGACAUUGUUAAAACAUUCUUUCGAUUUUUUCCGGUUUUUGUUCUCUUCAUUAUCGCGUUUUCUACAAGUUUUUAUGUAAUUUUACAAAAUCGGCCAGAAUUCUCAACGAUUUUCCUAGCGCCUCUUAAAACGACAGUUAUGAUGAUCGGAGAGUUCGAGUUUACUGGAAUUUUCUUCGGCGACAAUUCACUGCAUGAAGAGAAAAUGUUCGGAACCGCGCAUGCCACUGUAGCUUAUGUUAUAUUCUUCUUCUUCAGUAUUAUUAUGACUAUUUUGUUGAUGAAUUUACUGGUCGGUCUUGCCGUUGAUGACAUUAAAGGAGUUCAGGAAAAGGCCGAGCUCAAACGGCUCGCAAUGCAAGUUGAUCUUUGCCUUCAAAUUGAAGCCAGUGCAUAUCUUCUGAGAAGGCGUCGAAGAUACGCAACCUCACGAUACGGAUCGUAUCCGUACGGAAAACUGAAUCAAGGCAGCUGGGCUGCAUGUUGGUCGCAAUUCCGAAAGAGGUUUGGACUCAACAAAACCGAGGAGGCCGAGAUGGACGCACUCUAUGAAUACGAAUCAGAGAUCACUUCGGAAUUACGGACGAAUCUCCAAUUGCAGAGGAAUCAGCUACAAACACUUCAGGAGAAUGUUGAUGUGAUGUAUGAGAAGCAGAUUGACAUGGUGACAUGUUCGGCUCAUUGCCGAUCUAAUUUCGAUCCAUCGUCCGAACAAUCUUUUCCUUGUGGAGGCUUCAAUUUCCGAGCUGGGCGAAGCCCAAAGUGCGAGUUUUUCCCAGCAACCGGUGCCAACAGAAAUAUGACAAAAUCUCUGAAAAUUGAGGAAAUGCCCACAUUUUAUUAUCAAAAAGUGUGCCUAAGGGUUGCAAAACGAUGUGAAGAGUCGGCAUACAUGUUUGAUGUCAAAAAGGGAUAUCGACUUGAGGAAAAUCCAUUGAAGAUUAUUAACGUUACAUCGGAGAGGGAGUGUAUGGAGCAAUGCAUUGCAGAUCAAUGCGCUUCUUUUGGAUAUCAUCAAGACGCGAAACGCUGCUCAUUUUACAAUACAACUCGCCGAUUGAGUUCAGUUCUUAAAGACGGCAAAAUGGAUUAUUAUGAGAAUAAUUGCCUUCAUCCUUCUUCUCGUUGUCCAAACAGUCGAAUCGAGUUUUUUGUGACAAGAAAGUCGGAUGUCCCCUCUUUCGGAUUAUCGUUAGGUGUUAAAAGUGUCCGCAGCUGUAUGCAAGCAUGUAUAAAUGCUGGUCAAUUUUUCUGCAGGAGUAUUCAGGUUGAUUCGUUUGAUCCCACUUCUAACGAAUGCUUUGUUUCUGACGAGUCUUCGGAUAUGGCGGUGCCGUCAAACUCUCUAGAUAUCUAUGAACCUUAUUGUGUGAAAGCUUUAUCGGAAAGCACAUGCAAUAGGCCGUAUUCAUUUGAGAAAUCGAUUACUUCAAAAUUAUCAAAAAUAUCCAAAGUCAAAGAUUUUAAAGGAAUAUCUUCGGAAAAAUGUUUAGAGGAAUGUUUGUCCAAUACCGAGUGCAAUUCGGUGAAUUAUAACGUCGUCAGUAGAAUUUGCGAACUCAUUUCAACCAAGAAGAACGACGGAUCAUUAAUUAGCGAUGAAAAUUAUGAUUUCUAUGAGCUUACAUGCCCACAUCUUUCUAAAUUAACGGCAUCUUCAUCAAUGACGACAAACGUUCUCACGACGUCUUCAAAUCCUAAUUAUCGAAUAAUUUUGAGAAAUAGAGAGUUGGGAGCGCGGGUUCACGCGUUGCCAAAUGCGGAAACUACAAACUCUGAAUCGAUUAGCUCUGCCCUACUCCCUAUCGAUCCAGAAUUAAUCGGGCUUGAGGAUACUUCUCCUAUACAGCUUCCAAUUUCUUCAGGAAUCGCUUAUGUUGAUCCAAAGUAUGUUGCGGUAACUGCUGAAUGCCAGCCGCAAGGGAUCAACAUAACUUUUGAUAUUUUGGACAAUGUCCUGAAAUAUACUGGAGUUGUUUACGCUUCAGAGCGAUUUGACCAAUGCCGAGUGUUUGUGAAAAACUCCUCAUCGUUUUCGAUGUUCGUUCCGCGACCCAAACAUAACUCUUGGUGUAAUGCCGUUGAAAUUGGUGAUGAGAUGUCAUCAAUCGUAAUAAUGUCAAAUGAUCGGAUUAUUCCUCAUGAUGUUACAACGAAAGAUGAUCUUUUCUAUCAGAUUUCAUGCAAAUAUGAUAAUGAAACCGAAGUGCAUAAGGGGAUUGUCGUAGGAGGCCCAUCGCCCGUAAUGGUACAAAGCGAUAAAAUCGAGGAAAAGAUAUCGCUGGAAAUUUCGAAAAAUGGAAAAAUUGUUGAAAGCGUUUACGUUGGAGAAUCGCUCAUGGCAACCGUAAAAUCGAAUAUGUCAGCCGAAGGUUUUCGGGUUGUGGAUUGUACAGCGCAUAGAGUCGGAGGGUCUGGCCCACCUGCCAGCGUUAAUUUGAUUGCUGAUGGAUGUGCUCUUCUACCAUCCAUUAUGUCACCCAUGAGAAUCACGCCAAAUGGCUGGCAGUCGUCACUUUCUGCUUUUCGAAUAGACGGAUCUGAACAAAUUGAUAUUGCUUGUAUCUUGACCGUGUGUCAAGGAAAGUGUCCAGAGCUUUCUUGUCCAAGUCGUCUCGCUCGCUCAAUUCCUGGUGAUGAGCAUUCGAUAAGAGUUGAUCGAAGGUUGCUCGUUAUGGCAGAUCGCAACAACACCACUACUGGUACCGUGUUCCGACAAGUUUGCAUUGAGCCAGUUUUCUACCUUCCGGCAAUCGGUCUAUUUUUCGGAAGCCUUGUGUCUAUUGUUAUCUCAAUUUUCUUGACUAUUCGGAGAUCACGAAGGCGAGCGGAACGUGUGGAACAGUUAUUAAACACCCCGCUUCCUCAGGAUGAAGGCCCAAAGUAUGUGAAAACAGUAUCAUUAUAA